GAUAAGGCGUUGAUUGAAGAACCGAAGUUUGAAGAAUUUUGGCACCGGGAUGUUGAGGAGUCAAUUCGUCAGGGAAGCACAAAACCAUUCAUAGAGGAAGCUGUGCUACUGGUGUCAAACUGGGGUUUUAGCCUGGCAGACCUUCAAGUGCAGAAGAAGUGCCCCAGGAAAGGCAUUCUACCUUGGCUCAAGCUCGUGUAUAGUCAGGCAGAAUGUGAAUUGACUGGAUUCCUAGGCCCAAUUCACAUAUGGCAGGGAAUGGAUGAUCAGGUCGUCCCACCAUCGAUGACUGAUUAUGUGGCCCGGGUUCUGCCAAAUGCCAUUGUGCAUAAGCUCCCAGAUGAAGGACACUUCUCCUAUUUCUUUUUCUGUGACGAAUGCCAUAGGCAAAUAUUCUCUACCCUUUUGGAAGCCCUCAGGGCCCUCUCAAAAGUACAGACCAAACUUCAAUUCAAGAGGAUUGCUCCUGUUCUGAGUGGAGCACAUAGGUCAGAUAACAAAUCGUUGUGCUGUUUAGUGUCUUUUUCUCACUUCGAACUACAG